UAGUACUAGAAGCUGCUAACUCCAGGAGUAGAACAUGGUUUCUCUCAAGGAAACAAUUUUUAAAUAUAAUAACCCAAAAAUAUUUUUAAAAAAAUUGGAAAAUAUGUACUAGUAGUGAAACCGAAAGAAGACUACUGGGUCCCACGCACUGGCCGACAUGGACUACCUUUAUAACGGGCCCGGGCCCCCCACAGCCCCACUACCAUCCAAGCCAUAGCGAGCGCCCACCGCCAACCCACCACCACUACGCCACACCGAUCGCCAUGGCCGCCACCACGCCGGCGCCUCCCUCCCACGGCGGCGGGCGCAACGGCACCCUCCCUCCGCCGCUGCCUUCCAACGAGUCCUUCUCCAAGUUCUUCGAGUCCUGGAUCUCGGAGCAGUCCCGCGACCUCGAGGAGCUGCGCGCCGCGGCGUCCGCGGACCCCCCCGCGCCCGAGUCCGAGCUCCGGCGCCUCGUGGGCCAGGUGCUCGGCCACUACGCGCAGUACUACCGCGCCAAGGCGGCGGCCGCGGCCGACGACGUGCUCUGCAUGUUCACCCCGUCCUGGACCUCCACCACCGAGAACCUCUACCUCUGGUGCGGCGGCUGGCGCCCCACCGCCGCGAUCCAGCUGCUGUACACCAAGUCCGGGAUGCAGCUGCAGCACCAGCUCCCCGCCUUCCUCGACGGCGGGGGCCUCAAGGACGACCUCGGCGACCUCGGCGCCGCGCAGCUCCAGGCCGCCGACCAGCUGCAGCGCCGCACCAUCCGGAGGGAGCGCGAGAUCGAGGACGCCGCCGCGAGCGCACAGGAAGCGCUGACGACGGCGACGAUGGUGGAGCUCGCGGGCGGCGGCGGGAGGGACGCGGGGGCCAUGGACCGGGAGAUGCAGGCGAAGGCGGAGGGGAUGAGGCGGGUGCUGGAGAUGGCGGACGCGCUGCGCCUCGAGACGAUGCGCGAGGUGGUGGCGCUGCUCCGCCCCGCGCAGGCCGUGCACUUCCUCCUCGCCGCCGCCGAGCUCCACCUCGCCGUGCACGACUUCGGGCGCCGCAAGGACGGCCGCGCCGGCAACGUCGCCGCCGCCGCGCCGCCGGAGUGACGGACGCUGGCGCGCGUGAAACGAUAACGGGCUUGCCUGCCUGCCUGGCUGCUCUGCUUUUGCUUGUGUCGUGUAGCUGGGGGGCUCCCUGUUCCAAGCGGCGCAUGGCUGCGCCUGCUCGCGCGCGCGCGUUCGUUGCCCCUGACGUCGCGCUCGUCGCCUAGCUACCCAUCCAUAAAGGCUGCGGCUGGUUUGGUCAGCACGAGCUGUCGCGAUAAGCUUCUGACCAUUUGUUCCUCUUGCUGUGCCUGUGCACUGUGCAGUCGUGAGUCGUGACCAUGCCUGUCUUUGGAGUAAAGCGAGAUCUUGUUUGGGAGUAGUAGAGAUGUUAUGCUUCAGCAGUGAAAUGAAAAUAAUAAUUUGGAUUUGGUUUCAGCGCGACAAUGAAAUAGAUGUUGGACUGACUUUUGGGAUCA